AUGCCCUCUGGCAUGUGGGGCGAUGCCAAGGACCUGGCGGCCAUGCUGGCGGACGAGGGUGGCGACAGUGGUGUCGAGGACGUCUAUGCUCAUACCCGGGCGACCCACAUCGCAGUAGUUGUGGCCUGCUAUCGCCUGGUAGAGGCCUUCCUCACCGGCGAGAAGUCCCUUCGCAGCCACUUCGGCCAGGUGGGCUCCCAGAAGGAUCGCACCCCUCAGGGAGUACCGGAAUGGCUUCGGCCGAGGCCUGGCGAGAUGGCGACACUACCAGAGUCGGCGUUGGAGGGUAAUUUAACUCUCUAUUAG